GUGCAUGUAGUGGUGCCAGUGGAGAUCAGUGGAGAUCCUCUUCAUGAUAUAUCACCCUCAAAUACGACAGGGUUUGGAUUAAAUCGCAAUUAUGUCUAGUGGACCUCAGCAUAAAUAUCGGUACAAAAACGUCGGCCUGGACUCCCAGGAGCUGCGGCGACGACGGGAGGAAGAGGGUGUGCAAUUGCGCAAGCAAAAACGUGAACAGCAACUGUCAAAGAGGCGCAAUGUGCCGACUAUUGUUGCUGAUGAUGAAACUGUCUCCAGCACUGAUGAGUAUCCAACACCAGCGGCUUUGCAGCAGCCAGUGAUAACAAAAGAGAUGGUGGAAGCCCUCUACAGUGAAAACGUGGAGGAGCAAGUGGCAGCAACUCAAAGAUUCCGAAAGCUGCUGUCACGCGAGCCAAAUCCCCCAAUUGACGAGGUCAUUCAGACCGGAAUAGUUCCACGUUUCGUUGAAUUUCUGAAGAACGACACAAACUGCACACUACAGUUCGAGGCAGCAUGGGCCCUGACGAACAUAGCGAGUGGCACAUCACCCCAGACACACAUGGUGAUCGAGGCAGGGGCUGUGCCCACUUUCAUAGCCCUGUUGGGCUCCAACUACGAGGACGUCCAGGAGCAGGCUGUCUGGGCACUGGGGAAUAUCGCUGGUGACAGUCCAGUGUGUCGUGAUCACAUACUCAACAAUGGAAUUCUCCCUCCCCUGCUUCAGCUGUUGUCGAAGACGACGAGACUAUCGAUGACGAGAAAUGCCGUCUGGGCACUGUCGAACCUCUGCAGGGGCAAGACUCCACCCCCUGUGUUCCCCAAAGUGUCACCAUGCCUGCCGAUACUAGCACAUUUACUGAAUCACUCGGACUUUGAUGUACUCGCUGACGCCUGCUGGGCUCUUUCGUAUCUCAGCGACGGCCCCAAUGAGAAGAUUCAGGCGGUCAUCGAUGCUGGGGUGUGUCGACGUCUUGUCGAGUUACUCAUGCACGAGCAGAAUAAUGUGGUCAGUGCUGCACUGAGAGCAGUUGGCAAUAUCGUAACAGGUGACGACGUCCAGACCCAAGUGGUCUUAAACUGUUCAGCACUUCCCUGUCUCCUCCAUCUCCUCAGUUCGUCACGUGAGAGUGUGAGGAAAGAGGCAUGCUGGACAGUCUCAAACAUCACAGCUGGCAAUGCCCAGCAAAUCCAGGCUGUAAUCGACGCCAAUAUCUUCCCAGUGCUAAUAGAAAUCCUGGGUAAGGCAGAGUUCAAGACGAGGAAGGAGGCUGCCUGGGCCAUCACCAAUGCCACCAGUGGGGGAACGCCCGAACAGAUUCGGUAUCUGGUGCGUCAUGGCUGUAUCCAGCCGCUCUGUGAUCUACUCACUGUUAUGGAUCCUAAGAUCGUUCAGGUCGCACUCAAUGGACUCGAGAACAUUCUCAGACUUGGGGAACAGGAUGCUAAUAUUCAUAAUGGAGUUAAUCCUUAUACGGUUAAUAUCGAGGAGUGUUAUGGCCUAGACAAAAUCGAAUUUCUCCAGUCCCACCAAAACAUGGAGAUCUAUCAAAAAGCAUUUGACAUAAUUGAGCGUUACUUCGGCUCCGAGGAGGAGGACACGAAAAUUGCGCCAGAAGUUGACUCCCAGGGCCAGCAGUUCCAAUUCUGCACCCCAGACUCAUCACAAAUGCCAGUCCAGAAUUUUCAGUUCUAGAUGAACUCACUGAACCACCGGUGGGCCGUGCAUUAUAACCGCUUAUGCUACGAAAAUGCCCCUCCCCUCGCCCCAAAGAGCAGCAGAAAAUUCCGAUAAGAAAAAUAAUUAGCAAAGCCCCGGGGAAUCGAUUGUUGAGUGAAAUAACCGAUGAUUAAAUUUUAUUUUCACGCUUUCUGUUGCAUGGGACUUCAUUGUGGCUCUCGUUGACUUGUUCAAGACCUAAAGAACGAAUCAAGUAUGAAAUAACGAUUCAUCCAUCUUUUAUCGCAUUCAGAAUUUACUUCGGAGGUGAAAAAAAAUGACAUCUAAUGUGAAACACUUUCUUAACAAACUCCAGUCUUUUUGUUAUCGAUUUAUUUCUCUCUCCUUCCUUGUCUCAGCCAAAAUGUUAUUGUAUAGGCUCCACAGUAAUGCGGACUAUCUAGAUCCUAAUACAAUACGUCAGAUUGUACAAUGA